AUGAUCUCAUGCCAUUUGCAUUAUGCAGUUUAUAUAAAACUGAAUUUCCAACUGCAGGUUGUUCUCUUCACUCUUUUGGUCGCCACUUGUGCUGUGACCAAUCAAAAUUGGCGUUGGCGUAUAGGCACCUCAUCUUCAUAUAGGUAUUACUGUGACUGGAUUCAAGGAAAAUACAAAUGCACCCACAUCCGUUGCACAUAUUCAUCUGAAGGCAGAACAAAUUGCACUACAAGCGUUGAGACACCAAACAUUGAAGCAGUUGGAGCAGCAACCUCUUAUAGUUAUUCCUGCAACUGGAGCACAGGAAAAAAUAAAAAAUGCACAUACACUCGAUGCACACAACUUAUCGGUGCCAAAAAAAAUUGCACUACCAGCGAUAAGCCUCAAAAUUCCGGAGGAUUCCAUAGAAGCAGCUUUGCUUACGAAUUAUCUAAUGAAUCCACAAACAACAAAAAAUUAAGCUCAGGCGCCAAACGAUUAAAAACAAGUGAACAAUUCUGAACUUUCUUAAAAAAUGGUUAACAAGGCAUUUCAAAAUAUAUUUUUUAGCAAUCAGUAAAGAAAA